GCCGGAGCAGAUGAGCCCAACGAGGGCGCCGUACCCGCGAACGGACAGUCGGCGCCAACACGCGGACCGAAGCGGCUGGCGCGUCUCGCUGACAUUGAUAGCUAGCCAGGGCCCACUUUUUAUACGCAAACAGCUUUCGACCACUCUCACACUUCUUUCCGAGCUCGGAAGCAGUUCUGCACCGUUGUGGCAGCGAGCGAAUACUCUCUUCACUCACGUCGUUCAAACGGGCACUGGUACUAUCCUGCACGCACAUGUGAAUCAGAUGAGAAGCCGCACAGACACAGUGUCCGCAAGUGAAGCUUCGCGCACCCUCACCCUCCCUUCCUGACAACGACUAACCCUAGUGACUCCCACGAAGCCGAAGUACGUGUUGGCGGGAACAACGAUAGCCUUGUUUGUGGUGACACAUAUAUCAUAGUGUUCUUACUUUGGUGACUGCGCACAGAGCUUCGUUUGUGGAGGUGCGCUAAGUGGAGUGCUUGCGUGAUUCCAACGACUUCUCUGUGAUUCCCGGUGCAAGCGGCGUUCGUUCGUCGCAGCUGUUGCCAUGGCAACCAUCCGUAAUCGAGUGGCAGUGUGCAAAGCAGCUCCAACAGAAGAGGCCACGACGUGCUUCUCAAAGGCGACCUUAACCCGGAGCUUGUCAAAGUCCUCGCCAUCCUUCCAGUUUCUCUGCAGGCAGUUUCACAAGCCCCGGGACUCAUUGCUCAGCCAACCUGGAAGUUUGAUCACCCUCAGAGGAUUCGCAAACUUCACUGUGGUGCUACUGGUGCUGUUCAAUCUGAAAUUGGCUCUCUACAACAUAUCGAGGGCGUCCGCUUACUGCCAACUGACAACGUGGUUGCUUUACGUCUUGGCCGAUACCGCAAGCAUUCCGCCUCUUUUGGCUGCCACCUGUCUCCCAGUGGCGGUGUGCGUCGCACUUCAAGCGGAAAAGCUACUGGCAAGGAAAAAAGUCGGGACAAGGACGUUUAUGGCGGUGAUAGCGGUGAACUUGGCCGUGCUGAUCGUCGCUCCUCCGCUGUUCCUGGUCCCAAUGAGGACCAACCUGGUGGCAUCUAUCGCCUGCAUUUGGCUGACAAUAACUGUUUGGCUGAAACUGGUGUCUUACCACAUGGUCAACUGGUCGUCUCGUCGGGAACACCCAUACGAGCACAAAACCGGCAACGGAAACGUCCCCUCGGUAGAAAAAGACGGUGCAGGGAUCCAGAAGGCCAACGGUACAGCUGCCAACGGGCAUAUUUCCAAGCUUGUCGUCUAUCCCGACAAUCUCUACGCUGCGGACAUUUGGUACUUCAUGUUUGCCCCCACGUUAUGCUACGAGAUCAACUUCCCUCAGAGGCCGAAGAUACGAAAAUGGUUUCUGCUUUGGAUAACCUUGGAAGUAGUGAUUAUACCGUUGCUCGGCAUGACGCUGCUGAACCAAUGGGCAUUGCCCAUCAUGACCAUAACUGCGAAAGCAUACAACGAAAUGGACAUGUGGGAGCUAUUCAAGUCGUACAUAGACCUGGUGGUAUGGAAUACAGUCUUCUGGAUUAUGAUGUCAUUUUGGCUCUUCCACUCGACUCUCAAUUGGCUCGGCGAGGUGCUGCGAUUUGCCGACCGGGACUUCUACAGAGAUUGGUGGAACGCCGAUUCCGUAAGGAGCUUCUGGAAUCGGUGGAACUUGCCCGUGCACCGGUGGUGCUGGCGCCACAUCUACAAUCCACUCGUGAGCGCAGGGUUUACCAAGUUCCAGGCCGAAUUGGCGGUGUUCGGUGUGUCCGCCGUUUUUCACGAGUACAUCAUGAGUCUUCCCCUGAAAAAGGUUUAUGGCGUGGCAUUUGCAGGCAUGGCUAUACAGUUGCCGCUUUUUUAUCUAUACGACAAUGUCAUCCACGAACGAUUCCCGAAAAUCGGCAAUGGACUUAUAGUGGUGCUCUUCAUAUUUGUGAUGCCCUUGGUUGUUCUUCUCUACUACUGCAAGUAUUUCUCCAUCAUCAUAGGGGAACAAUAAAGGAAUUUCAAGAAGUUGA